UUCUACUCUCUGUAUUUCCUGCUUCGCUUCUUCUCUCAUCAGUCUUCCGGUGCCUCACUACAAAGGUCCCUGUCCUUCCUUCAUACGUCUGAGAGACGAGAGAGACUAAGCUUGAAACACCGUCACGACUCGCUUCCAGACUUCUCAAGUGUUGUCUGAUCCUCCUGCCUCAAUCAUUCUUUACCUGAGCGCAAGAGCAUCCGACUAAUACAUUCAUUGCACCAUCCUCAAUCUAUAUCAACUUACGCUUACUAUAUCUAAUAAUACCUGGGUCGAGAGCAGCUUCUGCUCUUCUUACCUUUCGACCAUCAUCUAAUUCUAGGACAAUGGACGCAUACACAAUGGCUCCCAACAGCCAGGCACAAUUCGCAUACUACCCUGCCGACUCACAACCGAGGCCUCAAUACUCCAGUCAUCCCGAGAUGCAAUACUAUGGCCAGGUCUCGCCCUUCACGCAUGCUCAGCAGCAAUCCCAACAGCCGCACUGCAUUCCCGAGCACUAUGCUCCGACGGUCAUCAACAUGCACCAGAUGGCCACGGCCAACGCAUUCCGCGGAGCUAUGAACAUGACCCCGAUCGCCUCUCCUCAGCCGUCAAACCUCAAGGCCUCGCUUGCUGUGCAAGGUUCGCCUGCUCUGAUGCCCUUGGACACCAGGUUCGUCAGCAACGACUACUAUGCAUUCCCCUCCACGCCUCCUCUUUCCACCUCCGGUAGCUCCGUGAGCAGCCCGCCAUCGACCAACGGUACUCUUCACACCCCAAUGCAAGAGAGCUUUUUUGCUUUGGAAAAAGUGGAAGGUGUGAAGGAGGGAUGUGAGGGCGACGUUCAUGCGGAGAUCCUAGCCAGCGUUGACUGGCAGCGCUCGGCCUCGCCUGCGAUGACACCUGUGUUCAUUCACAAUCCUUCAAUCUCAAGUCAGGGCUCAGAUCUCCUCUCGGCAAGCUCAUGCCCGUCUCUUUCCCCAUCGCCUUCCCCAGUUUCUUCCAUGUUCGGCCAAUCACAAUCUUCACUCCAGCUUGAACACGCCACAUCUUUCUGCGAUCCUCGGGAACUUACCGUAGAGUCGGCACACCACGCUCCUGCUGAGCUUCCUCCUUUGCCUUCUUUGUCGUGUGAUGAUGAGGAACCAAAGGUGGUUCUCGGUAGCGAGGCCGUGACUCUGCCCGUGCAUGAGAAUCCCACUCCAUCUUUCACCUCUACCAACGAGGACCCGCUCAGCACACUGCCUACUUUUGACAGCUUCACGGAUCUUGACUCCGAUGAUGAGUUUGUGAACCGCCUGGUGGACUUCCACCCUAGCGGUAGCACAUUCUAUCUCGGCGGUAAGCGACAGCGCCUUGGAACUUAUUCAUUGGAUGAGGAUGAGUUCCUCAGCGAGCACGGAAUGGAUGAGUCCGAGGAUCUAGAAAUGGCACUUCCUGGUCUUCCUACCAUUCAGCUUGAUAGCAGUGAGAGUCAGGAGGACAUGGCAUCUAAGAAGCGCGGAAACCGCAAGUCCAUCAGGAAGUCGGAGAACGGCUCAGAGGCUUUCACAGGAGUGCAGGCUCAGAUGUCCAUUGACAAUGCAAUUGAGCCCACCUCUCGCGAUCACGCAGAUUGCCAAGCUCGUCAGAACUCGGUGGUCAGCGCGUCUGGCUCAGAGACAACAUCUGCUCCUGUCUCGGUCAAUCGCCGCGGUCGCAAGCAGUCUUUGACAGACGACCCUUCCAAGACAUUCGUCUGCAAUCUUUGCUCCCGCCGCUUCCGCCGACAGGAACAUCUCAAGCGCCACUACCGUUCCCUGCACACUCAGGACAAGCCAUUCGAGUGUGGUGAAUGUGGAAAGAAAUUCUCCCGGAGUGAUAACCUUGCCCAGCACGCCAGGACUCACGCCGCAACCACCUCGGUUGUUAUGGGUGUCAUUGACACCAACAACGGCCAGACUUAUGAGGACCGAGAUCCAUCGACGAUGGGCGUCCUUUUCGACGCAGCGACCAAGUCAGCCACCAGUGCGUCGGACGACAGCACAGAGACCUCUGUCGACCGACGCUCGCUCAAGAAACGCAAGCGCGAGGAGAGCACCGCGUGA